AUGAACACGACUCCCGCUCUUUACGAUCCGAACGACUUGUUAUACGACACCAGAUCGCCUAUACUGGAGGCUUUCCAUCCCGAACUGACGCCGCGCGACGAACCAUAUCCCGCGCCCUCACCAUCACCCGUGCUCGAGAAAGCACGGCUCUACGCUCCUGACACUGAAGUGCUGAUACGCGCUUUGGGACCUAACAAUCCAGAGCUUCAUCGCAUUCCGUUACCGGAGAAGCACCUAGACAGCACUGCGAUGACAGAUCCUAGCGAGGGUACGGACCCGAUACAGCUCGUCAAGCUUGCUUUGACAGACACAGAGUACACCGGUCAAAGUGGCAGCGAUCUGGACGCUAGAGAUUUGGCCGCAAAGGCGACUGCUGCCGUGAAUGCCCAGGAGGCCGUCUCAACAAGCGAAAGGGACACCCUUCGGCAUGAUCUAGAAGCCAGACACGAUUCUGCUCAGGAGAGGGUCCCGCAGCUAUCCAACGAUCAGCGACAACAACUGUCAGGCCGACAUUCACCGUCAUUGAGAUUACAGACUUCCAGAGACCACUUUCCCUCAGAGACUAUUACCACCUCACCCACGUUGAGCAAGCACAUCAUUACCACGGCAGAGGCCAACUUUGGCACACUGCCUGCUUAUCAUGCUAGCUUCCCGACCAAGGACGGAACUACAACAUCACCACAGAGCGAAAAGCUUCCGGGGUUACAGCAGGUCAUUCAUGGACAAUUGAGACCAGGCCGUCCGCUGGAGGAGCUCGCAGAAGUCGCAACUGCACAGGACCCGCGCGUCCCUAUGCGACAGCAUAGCCAGUCGUUUGGCUCGACGACGGCGCCGUCACCGAUGAUGUCGUACCACUAUGGCAGCGCUGCUUAUACGGCGGCAUCGCCCUACUAUCCACGGGGCAGCGCGAGAUCACCCACCAGUACCAUCAGCGACCAGAUGUACAUGUCACCGACUCAAUGGCCUGGCGCAGCUUACUACAACGAUCGGAGAUCAGAACCAUCGGGUGAGAUGCACCCACCAAUGAUGCCACCCUCGCUGCCAUCUGCCUCGUCUGGCGAGAGCCAUGCGACGACCAGCUCCUCUAUCGACGACUACAGCACUGCGCAAACCACGCCAGGAGAAGGACCUGAGUCGAUGAGGCCGAUAUUACCACCUCCACCAGGAAUGGCACAGAGUGCGUUCAUGGUUGGCCAGGGCUUUACGUGUGACUACCCUGGCUGUACCGCAGCGCCGUUCCAGACGCAGUAUCUCCUCAGCUCACAUCGCAACGUGCACAGUCAGGUCAGAAACCAUUACUGCCCUGUCAAAGAAUGCCCCCGCAGCGAAGGCGGCAAAGGGUUCAAGCGUAAGAAUGAGAUGAUCAGACAUGGUCUUGUCCACGAAUCACCGGGCUACGUCUGCCCAUUCUGUCCGGACAAGGAGCAUAAGUAUCCUAGACCGGACAACCUACAGAGGCACGUUCGUGUCCAUCACACCGACAAGGACAAGGAUGACGCGCAGCUGCGAGAAGUCCUGGCACAGCGACGAGAGGGCGUGGGAAAGACGCGGAGGCGUAGGGCGAAUACUGCUGGAUCUGCUAGUUGA